AUGUGUCAUUAUUUAAAGACAAUGGAUGAUCAACUUACAGAAUUUAAGCUUAUUGAAUUGGAAAAAAAGAAAAUGUUGGAUGAAUCGGAGAAGCGAAAGAAAUUGCUGCAGGACAUCGAUCGAGAGCAUCAAACAAAGUUUGAUGUUGUCAACGAUGUAGCAAAUAAUAUGUUUGAUUCAGAUUACGACAGUUCAGCUCGAAAAAUAACUGACAGAGCAUUUAUUGCAAAACAAGAACAAGAAGAAGAAGUAAAGCGCGCAAACAGAAUAAUACUGGCCGCCAAAUGUCAUAUUAUUAGAGAUGCACAAAUAGCCGAAAAACAAGAAAUAGAAAGGGAACUUAAAGCUGAAGAACUUCGGCUGGAAAAGAUGAUGCAGGAAGAAAAUGAAAAAGCGUUAAAAGAAGAAGAAAAAAACCGAGAAAAGAGUAAAUUAGAAACUACACACAAUGCUGAACAAAUACGAAAACAACUGUUACUUAAAGAAAGAGAAAAAUAUAGAAAAGCCGAGAAAAUAGAAGAAGAGGCCCGUGUGUUAAAGCAAGCACAAUUGGCUAUUCUUAUUGAUGAAAAACGUAAAGAAAAGGAAAAGGUUGAUCGAAUAACCGAAGUUCGGAACGAUUUGAGGAAAGCCUAUGAACUAUCAGCUUAUUACAAACAGAUUCAAUUUGAUGAACAACGAAUUGCAGAACUCAAAGUUCAAGAAUAUACUAAACAACGUAAUGAGCGCCAAACAAAGCAACUUUUAGAGAAAAAAAUCGCAGCAGAGGUUAAGGAGCGUGAGCAGGACCGAAUGCUCAAAAUACAGCAAAAAUUGUUAGCCACAAAAUCUGCAAAAAAUGACAUGGAUUUACGUAGAGGGCAAGAACAAGUAGAAAGAGAAUUUAGACGGCGUGAGAAAGAAACUGCCUCUAGAAAGCGAAAAAUGGAACAACAAAUUGCUGUGGCGCGUGCUGCACAGUUAGAAGCUGUGAAAACAGAAAGAGCUAUGCAGAUUGCCCGAGAUGAGCAGGACCACAAGAAGGCUGUUGAAAAAUUUAAACAAGAAGAAGAAAGAGAGAAGGAAAAUAAGGAAAAAAAGCUUCAGCAACGCGAAAAAUAUCGCACAGAUAUCAUAUGGCAAAUCAAUCAAAAGGAAAUCGAGUACCGCGAGCUGGAACGAGCUUCAAAGAAAGAUCAUGCAUCUAUGCAAGAAAAUCUAAAAAAACGGGAAAUGUUAAUCAAGACAACAAUUGCUAAUAAAAUUAAAGUAAUGAAACAGAGCCGGGUUCCAGAUCGUUUUAUAAAAGAUUUAGAACGACAAUUAAAGUUAAUCAAAGUAGAUUAA